AUGGAAGAUAACCCUCACAACAGGUCAGGGUUGCCUCCUUUCACGUUGACAGGUAUCCCAGGGCUGGAGACCUCCCAGCACUGGAUGUUUCUGCUGCUUGGUCCUCUUUACACUGUCUCCAUUGUGGGAAAUGCCCUUAUUCUCUUCAUUAUCAAGGAGGAACAGAGUUUGCAUCAGCCUAUGUACUACUUCCUGUCCCUACUAUCAGUCAAUGACCUAGGUGUAUCCUUUUCCACACUUCCCACGGUGCUGGCCACAUAUUGCUUUCAAUUAAGGGAGAUCAGCUUUAAUUCUUGCAUGGCUCAAAUGUUCUUUAUCCACCUUUUCUCCUUCAUGGAGUCUGGGAUUCUGCUGGCUAUGAGCUUUGAUCGUUAUGUGGCUAUCUGCAACCCUCUGAGGUAUGCCACAGUGCUCACUGAUACCCGAGUGUUACACAUGGGCAUAACAGUUAUUAUCCGUAGUUUCUGCGUGGUCUUUCCACUACCUUUCCUUCUGAAGAGACUGCCCUUCUGCAAGGCUAAUGUACUUUCUCAUGCCUAUUGUUUGCACCCAGACUUGAUUCGCCUGCCCUGUGGUGAUAUCUCUGUCAACAAUAUCUUUGGUUUAUUUAUUGUUAUCUCUACUUUUGGUUUGGACUCUGCACUCAUUUUUCUCUCAUAUGUGCUCAUUCUGCGCUCUGUGUUGGCCAUUGCUUCCCGGGAGGAGCGAUUAAAGACACUCAACACAUGUGUGUCCCACAUCUGUGCUGUUCUCAUCUUUUAUGUGCCCAUGGUUGGUGUAUCUAUGGCUGCUCGCUAUGGGAGACAUGCUCCAAAGUAUGUGCACACACUCAUGUCCCUUGUCUACCUCUUUGUGCCUCCAAUGCUCAACCCUGUCAUUUAUUCCGUUAAAACCAAAGAAAUUCGCCGAAGGCUUCUCAAAAUACUACUGGGGACCAAGUUUUGA